UAUCUCGAGAUGAGUUACGGGCUCUGGGUCUUGAUUAACCGAAUCUUUUAUAGUCUGUGUUACGUUGUUAGAAAUACUAAUGGUAAUAUUCACAGUUUGAUACAAGGCUGCGCCCUGUAGCUUGACAAAGGCAUUGCUGUACGUGAAACAGGUCAACUAACUCGGUUUUUCACAAAGGGCGUCUUCCUUGUACUGCCGGCAGAGCGACCACUAGUCGUGCUACUGAGGAUUUAGGAAGAGCCAAUAAUUAGUUCUUUGAAAGUGGUCGCGGCGUAGUUUUUUGUAUAACUCAAGUGUACUGUGCAGCCCGAGGUCGGGGGGGGUACACAAACCAUCUUUCAUUUCUUCGAUCGUUUCAGUAAGUCCAUGUUGUGCGGUUAGGUAGACCCACGUGUCUCUAAACUUCAAACAAACCACCUCAAUACGUUCAGGGACAUAGUACUCUAAAAGCAGGAGUUUUACAUGCGUAUGCCACAAUAGUGAAGAAUUGGCUAGCAUACGGGUACUCUAGUUAAUGUAAACCGAUGUCAGAUGAGAUUCGAAUAGUUGUGUGAGGCGACAGAGUGACUUAUGACUUCCCAAAACUAGUUACAUGUUCAUGACUACCUGUUCGAUACACCGUGUAAAAUAUUUCUUUGUAUCUUGCUGUCAUAAUUUGUUGAGAUUUUGGAAACUGUUUUAUAGGUAAGGAGUUUCUAUGGUAACUAUGAGGAGACAGAGAAGAGCAACUGUAUUUCUGUAUAGCAUUGUGUGAAGCGAAGGAUCGAUAUGAUAUUAUUCAGAACCUCGGUAUAACAGAAAAUUUCUAAUUUGCUUACUCGAUAAUGUGGCAAGACUGGAUCCUGCAGCUUACGUCAGGAUAUCAGAAGAAAGUCAUGACGAAGCUUGUUUAUGUGGCAGUACUAACUGUUGUACAGUUGGGAGUUUACGUUUCUCCACUUGGCACCUGGAUGAACCUAGGUUUUCAAGGUAUCGAUAUUUUAAGGAAUCCCCAGGCUUACCUGCUCGGAACGCGGCCGCUCUGCACGCAACUCGCAGGACUGUCUCGUGGACAGACCAAGCUCUGCUACCUCUAUAGGGACCACAUCGCACACGUGGGCCACGGGGCUCAGCUGGGAAUAGCUGAAUGUCAGUGGCAGUUCAGAUAUCGCCGCUGGAACUGUACCACGGUGGAUGAUUCGAGCGUCUUCGGUCCCGUCUUAAACAUAGCCAGCAGGGAAGCUGCCUUUACUCACGCGAUCUCCGCAGCGGGGGUGGUGCACAUCAUCUCCAGAGCCUGCCGCGACGGCCAGCUGUCGAACUGCGGCUGCAGCAGGGCUCUCCGCCCUAAAAACCUGCACCGUGACUGGAUCUGGGGAGGCUGCGGCGACAACAUAGAGUAUGGCUACCGGUUCACUGAAGGGUUUGUCGACGUCAGAGAACGAGAAAAUAACUAUAUGAGAGGCUCUACAGAACAAGGAAGAAAACUGAUGAAUCUUCAUAAUAACGAAGCUGGAAGGAGAGCUGUCAUCCGGAAGACAAGAGUCACGUGCAAAUGCCACGGAGUUUCCGGUUCCUGUUCUCUGGUCACGUGCUGGCAACAACUAGCAACUUUCCGCGAGGUUGGGGAUCACCUCAAGGAUAAGUACGACGGUGCCACAGAGGUGAGGAUAAACCGACGGGGAAAGCUGCAGUUAAAGAAUCCUCAUUUUAACAUUCCCACAGCGGAGGACCUGGUCUACCUGGAGGAGUCCCCCGACUAUUGUGUUAAUAACCACACUACCGGAUCGUUGGGCACUUACAGUCGCGAGUGUAACCGUACGUCUCCGGGCACAGAUGGCUGUAACCUUAUGUGUUGUGGUAGAGGAUACAACACACACAAGGCCGUGUUGAAAGAGAGAUGCAAGUGUAAGUUUCAUUGGUGUUGCUAUGUGGAAUGUAAAACGUGCACAAAGGUCGUGGAUCGGCACACGUGCAAAUAGACACAACACCAACAGCUGAAUUAUAUCGUAGAGUAAAAAUACACCGGAAGGAACUAAUGUGGGACUUUGGUAGUCACUAUAAUUAGGCCACAACGGUUUCGUUAUGAAUGUCUAUAACCAGCAUAAAGGGUAGAGAGAAAAAGUUUGUCACAGCUGAAAACAAUGAAGAUGUUCUAACUUCUAAUCUGUUCGAGAACGGUUGAUGUUAGCUAAUAAAGAAAAUCGUUUUGUGAUUGGAAGUUGAAAGCUCAGAUUGUACCUAAUUGUAUGAUAACAAUGUAGCAUAGAACUACCGAAUGGAGAUGUGAACUACCUCCUCUCCUUUCUAGGAUUUUGUUUUUUUUUUUUAGUCUUAAGUGUUUUUGCUCUUAUUUUACAUAAAAAAGGCAAAUGUCAUUAGUUUGCCCGCGGGUUCACUACCUUGAUAUGUAUAUGAGGUAUUAGUAUUUAAAUAUUUUGAUUAGAAACUUCGUCACACACGUUUACCAAUUUAUAAGAGCGGAAGUGGUAGAAGAAUGAUCAUUUCCAAGAGUUAGUUCUGUAAUACAUGUCGACUACGAAGCUGUUUGGAGUUUUGUGAAUGGCUUACGUUCGGAUCGAAAUAGUGUCAAAUUUGUUGUUAGAAUUUUUUGGGGAAAUUUUAGAACAAAUGUAUGUAGAUUGUGUGGUAAAAAAAAAACUAACGUAGCUUGUAGAGGAGUAUAUAUAUAUAUUUUUUUUCUUAAUGCUUCCAUCUUGGAGAACAGAAAAUAGACUAAAGAAAUAACCAUGUAUUGCAUCAUUCUGUUUAAUUGUUAUUACAGCAGUUUAAACUCCAUUUCUUGCUUGCUUGUAUAUUGUCCGAUGUUCAAUAAAACCACUGAAAAUCUUUCAA